AUGAUUUCAAUAAUUUUACAAUGGUACAUUAAAAAGCACCAAUUAUUUAAAUGAUGCUUAAACUUAUUGCUACUACUUAAUAAAUGACAGUAUUACUGGCCACCAAACAUGUUAUUUUGACAUCUGACAAGGCACAGCUGAUUAAUUUGACAACCAGUCGACACACAUCACAACAUCAUAGCUGUGCCUCAAAAAAAUAGCAAAACUACGAAAACCACAAAAAAAUAUCUAUUUACAUUUAAGAUAAAUGCUGUAUUGUAAAGAUGCCUGUAACUGGAGGGUCCUCACUGCUCAGACCACCUGCAUCAGCUGGUAAUCUCGGGGAGAAAAAUGCAGCUUCCCUGGCGGCCAUUAGGGAAGAAGCAUUAAUAGCAGCUAAAUUAUCGCAUUUACAUGCUAAAUCACAAACAGAAGAUUUAAAAAAAGAAUUACUUAAGUGUGUUUGCCGGAAAUAUGAUGAGGCAGUCAAAACACAACAUCAGACAGCUGAAGAAAUUGAACGACUACUCAAAGAAAAAGAAAUAGAACUACGGACGGAAUAUGACAAGAUUUUAGAAAGAGAAAAGGAAGCCAUGAAAGACAGAUUUAAUUUUAUAUUGUCAAAUGAACAAACUCGAGCAUGUUGCAUGCUAAGAGAAGCGCACAGAGAGAGAAAGGAGAAAAUAACAGCGCUUCAAACUCAGUUGGAAUGUAAAAACUUAGCAGCUUUAAUGUAUGUGAUGUGUACAGAGAGAAGGCGAUCCAAAUUAGAAAAACUAAAGCUUGUCCGAGAUUAUACGAAAUAUAUUCGUGAAUUGCAAGAUAUUUUAACGGAAGGACAAGAGCUUAUUCUUCAUUUAUCUAGAGGUUACAAAACAGCCGCUAGGGUAGAUCACGAAUGGCGUGAAAAAAUGAAGAAAGUAAUUAGAGAGUUCAUGAACUUCAUAUAUCACUUUGCGGGAGGCAGUCCAGAGACAAACCAGUACUUCUUUGAUCUGCAAGCCCUUCUGAAGACAGAAGCACCUAUAGAGGACAACCCUGAUGAGGACCCUUGCGAAGCAGAAGAAGAUAUAGAAUUACCAGAUUUAGAACUACCUCCAGAGUCGAACUGGUGGGAUCAUUUGGAAGGAGAUAACCGUCCGUUUAUAAUGUUCGGAGACAUGUCUGACUUCGCGCCAUGUGACAGGCGCCAAAUUCUCAAACGAGUGAAAGCUGCUAAGACUGCACCCAAAAGAUGGAAAACUUACGUAUUUAAUAAAAUGGUAAUCGACGCUAAAUGUGAGCAUUUAGACGAGAUUAAGGAUAUAUACCCAGAAAGGGCAGCAGUAAGCCGCUGGGAAUGUGCCUUGACGCCGGAACAAACCGAACAACAAGACCUUUCUAAACAGUCAAUCGCAUAUCGUCGCGACGUGCAAAGUGCCGAUGUUCGUGGGAAAAUGAGCUCUUUACUCAAGAUCAUGACAGCACAGAAUCCACCGCCACCUGCUCAUGCUCCUGUCACGAAGACUGCUCUGCUUGGUGCCAGAGACUCCAGGGAAAUUCAAUCCACCACAAAAUUGACGCGAUUGUCAAUAAAGUCUCAGGGGAAUGAUGGGAACGAAGCUGAACACCACGAUGAGUGCGAACGCGCCCAGGUUAUAGAACAGCCUGAGGUGCUGGCUGUCGGGAGGAGACGAACGUCAGUGUUUGAACAAGCACCUCCAGAGCCUGAGGAAGUAGCGAAACCAGUUCAUGCUGAUGAGGAUGAGGAAGAAGAAAAUGUAUUAAUGCAUCGGGGUACCAAAAAUGAUAGUCUGGAAGUUAUCGGGACGCACGUACCGGAUAACGACGCCAAGGUGUAUUAUGAGAAGAUAUGCCCAAUGGAGAAGUGUCAGCGGCUGCAGGUGGACUCGUUCAUGAGAAGCCUACCAUCGUAUAUGAGGGCGCAUCCGUUCACUCACUUUAAACACACGUUUGAGGAAUACGAGACGUGUACCCCAGAGCAACUGGAAAUUCUGAAGCAGCGGAUCGAAUCGAAGAAGGCUAAGGAAGUGGAAGACGCCGAGGUCGGUGAGGAGGAUCCCCUCAGCGACUGGGUGGGGCGCGGCGUGGCCGUGCAGACCUCCGACCUGGACGUCAUGUUACCUCCCUGUACCUGUCACGUGCCCAGUCCCACUCCUGUCUCCAGUAACUUUGUGUUUAACCUUGAAGAUUUAUUGCCAGUGAAACAAGCUAUGGACGCAAUCCACAAGGAGUGCCUGUUCGACGACCGAAUAGAAUUCAACAGAUUUAAAGUUAUCGGUUCCGAAAGCGAGACAUCACGAGAUUCAAUAAAAAAGAAAUACAAGCCAGUCCAAGUAGAAGAAAUUAAGAACAUAUUGAUGGAAAACCCCAGUCUGCUGGACGUCUUUAAUCCAGGUUCGGGCUCUCCAGAAAUGACAUGAAACUCUCGUGUAAACACUUUUAUUUCUAAAUCAAAUGUAACAAACAAACUAAAUCCUAAUAAAAACAUUGGAAACUGA